AUGGAAUUCAAUUCAACAGGCAUUGUUGUUUAACCUCAUCCUACCAUUAAAAAAGAUAUAUGGAAUCAAUUCGUUUGUGAAUUCCCUAGAUGUUCAAAUUAAUACAAAUUACCUGAAAAUCAAAAGGAUAGAUACAAAUUCCUUUCAGCCUUGAUGAUUGCUAACAUUUUUGACACAUUGACAAGUUGGCAAUAACUAAAAAAACUCUAUGAUAUUUAUGAGUUCUUGGGAAGGAUUGCAAAUGACAAAGACUAUCCUCCAUUAAUGUAAAAACAUAUUUUAAAUUUAAUGAAAUCAUUUAAUACACUAAUAAGUAAUUUACAACCUUUUGAUUCUCGUAAAAUUGAAAACAAUUAUUAACACUAUUAAAAGAUAUAAAUAGUUUAAGAGUACCUCCAAAAAUAAAGAAAAUACAUAUACUCCUUAUUAGAUCAUGAAUAAGGAAUCAAUACUCUUUUCAGAUUAUCAAGAGGAAUAGCAUUAAGUUUAUAUCUUAAACCUGAUUAUGAAAAGAUUACUCCAGUAUCAAGAUUUAUAACAUCAUUGACUAGAGAAGAGAUUAUAAAGAAAUUAAGUAGUGAUGAUUUAGAAAUUAAUCAAAAGAAUCAUUUUAUUUUAGAAGAUUAUGAAAUCGUAGCCAUAUCACAUCUCCUUAGUUGUCCUAUACAUUUUUUUAUAAAUUAUUUUGAACCAAAAUGUAAUUAUCUCAUAAAAAGAAGAAUUCAUUAAUAAUAAAGUGAAGAAAAAACUAUAGCUUUUUUAUUAGAUAUAUAAUAAACUAAUUUUUAAGUCAGAAUACUAUCAUCUACUCAAGAUAUUAUAUAUAUACAAAAUAUUAUUAAUUAAAGAAAAUAUUUAUUUCAAACUAAUUAACCAAAAGCUAUUGUAGAAUAUUUAUAAUAAAUUAUUGAAAGUAUAUUAAAUUAAGCUACACAUGAUUUUUCUAAUCUUAAUAAAUUUUGGAUUGUAAAAAUGCUAUAAAUAAUUAAAUUAGGAGAAGCUUAAACAUUAAUUGCUAAUAGAUAAGCAAUUAAAAUUAGUGAAUUAUUUUCAAGAGAAAGUUAUAAUUUAUUUUAACUUUUAAAUUUAGAUCCAAAAAUGCAUUAAGAAUUUUUAAUUAAUUCUGAAUAAAAUCUUAAAUAAACAGAAGAACUUAUAGAAAAUAUAAUUAUAUCCUAAGUAACUAUGAUUAGAGAUUAAAUAACAGAAAUAGUUAAUACGUAAAAGAGACCUUAAUCUAUCUCUCAAAAUCAAAUAGUCUCAGGAGAUAAAGUUUCAGUUCCAAGAUAUUUAGUUAAUAAUUCUUUGUUUUAAUAAUAAAAUAAUUAAACUCCAAAUUAUUUUUAAUAAUAAAAAAAAUUAAAUCUAGCUGGCAGAUUAAUAGCAAAAGAUUUAGAUAAUGAUUUACCUGAAAAUUCAGAUUCAAGUGAAAGAGAUUUGAGAGAUCGUAAUAUUUAAGCUAGUUCUAUAUAAAAUUUACCUGUAACAUGCAAAGAAUAUGAUACUGAAGAUGAAAUUGAAUUUAAGAGAGCUGAUGAUCUAUAAUAAUCAGCAAAUAAACAAAUCUAAAAAUAUGAUUAUAAUCCUUCUGAUGAACAUGCUUUAGUUAGACCACCAAAAUAUUAAACUUAAGAAAAUAAAUAAAAAAAUGAUGUUAUUUCUUAAAAAGUUUCUGCAAGUUCAUAUAAAUAAAUUCAAUCUGAAAAGAAAAGACAAAAAAGUGUAGAAAAUACAGAUUUUGAAGCUAGUUUAAAUUUAUAAAAUGACUAUCUUGUUUCUAGUUAGAAUAGAGCAUCUAUAAUGAGAGCUCAAUCUGAUUUAAAUGUAUUAAAACAAUCAGCAAAACAAAGAGAUAGUUUAGAUUUUGAACCAAAAAAAUAGAUUAUAAAUUAAGUUAAUAAAAUGAGUAGUUCUUAAAUCAUGAGAUCAAGUGUUAAAUAUGAAUAAAAAUAGAUAAUUAAUGAAUUAUAUUAAAGUCAUAUUUCUGAAGUUAUGAAUGAAUCCAAAAGUGAAAUUAGUAUGAUUUAAAAAUGGUUUUGUCCAAUUUGUUUCACAGAAACCUAUUAAUUAGAUUAAAUUAGAAAUCUUCAUGAUGAUCAUUAGGUUUGUAAGUCUUGUUUGGAAGAUUGGAUCAAAGUAAUAUUUUUAUUAAAUUUUAGGUUAAAUUUAAUUCAGGAUAAUGGAAUUUUAAAUUUUUUAAAUGUCCUAUAUAACUUAUUGAAGGGGAAACUAUGAAACCUUGUGAACAUAUUAUUGAAUAAUAGGAAAUUAAAAAUGCCUUGACUCCUGAUGAAUUUAGUAAAUUAACUGAAAGGGCUAUGAAACAUGGUAUUAUUGACAUUAUAUGUCCAAAUCAAUCUUGUUAAGCAAGUAUUAAAGGUAUGCCUCCUUAAAAUUAAAAUGGAUUUCUAUGUCCAUAAUGUUUUCAUAAGAUUUGUUGGGUUUGCAAGUAAAUUUAUAUUUCAUUAAUUAAAAAUUUAGAAAUUCAGAUCAUGGUGAUUCAAAAUGUCCAUAAAGAUUAGAUGAAAUAAAAGUAGCUUUAUAAGAUGAGAGAGUAAGUUGUUGUCCUGGAUGUUUAGAAAUUUAUAUGAAAAAUGAUGGUUGUGAACAUGUUUCAUGUACUAAUUGUUUAAUAGAAUUUUGUUUUGCUUGUAGUGCUCAUAGACCUCCAAUUAUUGCACAUGGUAUUUAUAAUUAAAUUUAAAUAAGGGGCUCAUUUUCAUAGGGUUGGUUGUUAAUAUAGAGUUCCAUGGUGGAAAGAUUAAUAUAAAAAAAUAGAAAAUUUGGAUGAAGAAUAUUUACCUGAUGAAUGUGAAUAUUGUAAACGAAAUUAAAAACCAUGUCCUCGUCCUAUGUCUUUGGCUGAUUUUAAGAAUUUAGCUCAUUUAAACUUUUGAA